UUUUCUGCUGGCAGAUUCGAGGCAUUAGACCAGCCACACAUAUUAUAUCCAUAAUUGCUAGUGUCAAACUUAUAACGUGAUAUGACAAUAUUAAUGUUGUAGCGCCUUGGGGCAAACGCAAGUGGUGAUGAAUUACUGAAUUCACCAUGGCAAAGCAUCGCGCCGUAAUCGUAGCUUCCCCUGAUAAUAUGUAAGAAUAUCAAUCGAAGACAGUCGUUUCUUCCGUAAUCGUGUGAAUUGGCAAAGUCGCAUCAAGAUCAGAAGCCGCAAGAGUCAGACUCCAAAGCCGUCGUUUCUCCUCCUGCAAAUCGCCGUGUGCCACAGUCAUGGGUCCCACGCCAACGUCUAGAGAUGACCUUACCAGCCGUGUCCUCCCACAGAUGAUUCUUUCUGGCAAGUCAAAUCCAUUAACCAGACCAUAUACCCCCUUGUCAAGCGACCUCACGGUCGCACAAAGGGCGGCGGCAAGGUUUUCUGUCAAAGGCAAUGCGAUCGUCACUGGAGGCUGCGGCAGCCUUGGGAUCGAAGCAGCGCGUGCCCUGCUGGAGCAUGGCGCGUCGGGUGUGUCGCUAUUUGACGUCAAUCUGGCGCAAGCCCAGGAUAUUGUUGAUAGGUUGCGUUCUGAUUUCCCAUCGGCAACGAUCAUUACGAAGAAAGUAGACGUCCGCGAUCAGCAGGUCGUUCAAGCAGCCGUCGCCGAGACUGCUGACGAGCUCGGAAGCUUGGAUAUUCUCCUGUGCUUCGCAGGUGUGGUCGCUUGUAACCACGCCCUUGAUGUUGCUCUUGAAGAGUGGAAACGUACGCUUGACAUCAAUACGACAGGAAGCUGGUUGUGUGCCCAAGCAGUGGCAGAACAGAUGGUCCAACAAGGGACAGGCGGUAGCAUCAUCUUUAUAGCAUCCAUCUCUGGCCACAGUGUCAAUUUUCCCCAGCCACAAGUCUCAUACAAUGUUUCCAAGGGCGCACUCCUGCAGCUGAAGAGUUCUCUUGCAGCCGAGUGGGCUCGGUAUGGCAUCCGUAUCAACAGCAUCAGCCCAGGGUAUAUGGAUACAAUAUUGAAUGAAGGUGAAGGACUUGAAGAAGCUAGGAGACUGUGGUACUCGAGAAACCCGAUGGGACGCAUGGGGGACCCGAGCGAGCUGACAGGUGUUGUGGUGCUCCUCUGCAGUCGUGCGGGGAGGUACAUCAAUGGGGCUGAUAUCGUUGUGGAUGGCGGUGGUUCUGUUUUUUGAUUGCCAACGUACCGACAACCUGGGAAUGUCAUUUAAGGGGAAAAGAGCGGGUUGCAUAACGAUGGUCAUUGAAGAGUGUGAAAUACGAAUAUGUUU